AUGAGCAGCACCAAAGUACUUGUUUUUGGCGAUAUUUCGUCGGAUCCUAAGACCGCCAUUGCCAAGGCCAACACCAUCAACGGUGGUAAGAAUGGUCCCUUCCGCGCCUUCAUUGUGGUGGGCAAGGUGUUCACCAAGAACAACUUUGAAGAGGUGAAUGGCGCAUUACAGGACGGAUCUGUAUCUGUCGAUCUUCCUAUGUUCUUUACGGACGGUGAGGGUCUUCCUGAAGACUCUGCAACUAAUCAGACUGAUGUUGUGGACAUUGCACCUAAUGUGACUUUCCUCAACCAGUGGGGUCGACUGAUGACCGACGAUUUCAUUAUCCAGAAUGCCACCAGCGGCAGUAACGACAGGAAGACUGCACCAACCGAUAUUCUCAUCACCGAUAAGUGGCCCUCGAAUCUGCCUCGGCUAUCUAAGGUUGGAUUUGCCGUACCUCAAACGGCUGAGCGAGCCACCAAUAACGACAAGACUAUCGAUGCAACAUCAAAGGACGCGUCUCCUCUUUACCACUUUUCAGGGUCCGAAUCUUUCUGGGAACGAGAGCCGUUUGCGAACGAAGCAGGUAAACAUACUCGUUUCAUUGGUCUGGCACCAUUUGGAGGUAAACAGAGAUGGCACUAUGCCUUCACUUUAAAGAAGGACGACACAUCGACGCCUGUUAACGCCACAGAGUGCCCCUAUCUUAAGGAAGACAAGGUAGAAGAGGAGCCAUUGAAACGAGCCAACGAGGAUGAUGGCGAUCCAAUGGCCAAGAAACCCAGAAUUGCGCCCUCAGAUUGCUUUCUGUGUCUCUCCAACCCCAACUUGGCUGCUCAUCUGGUGGUGUCUAUUGGACAGGAAUCUUACAUGGCCAUGGCCAAGGGCCCCCUAUUACCAGGCCACGUGAUGCUUAUCCCAAUCAAACACAAUCCUGACUUUUGCACAGAAUCAAGACCCUCCACUAACCCCCGUCACAGACAUCCCGUUCGGUUUGUUUCACCUAAACUGGCCCUGGAGCUGAGAAAGUACCAGAUUGCUCUCAAGCAAAUGCAUCCUGGAGGAGUGGUAUUCUAUGAAAUCGCAAAGGCCAAGGGUGUCCACGUUCACCAACAGGCCGUUCCUAUUCCCCAAGAGAAGAUUAAUAAUGUGGAGAAUCUUCGAGAGUUCUUCAUCAAGGAGGCCAAAGAGUGCGGGUUCAGAAUGGAAAAUAAUGGAGAGCUUAGAGACGACCAAACUAACUAUUUCCGCAUCGAGUUCCCCAACAGUGACCCUAUUGUCAUUAAGCUGAAUCGUCAGAACCCCAAAUUCGACGUGACCUGGCCCAGAAAGUUGCUCGCUCAGUGGUUUUUUGGUAACAAGGAGCGAGGGGACUGGAGAAACUGCUCUCAGACGGAAGCUGAAGAGACUGAGGCGGCGGAUAAGAUCAAGGGCGACUUUGAAACCUUUGAUUUCACUCGAUAG